CGCGCUUAGCAGUUCUGUGUGGCACGCAUGGUGUCUGUGGAAAACGACAAUAAAGAAGGACGACAAUGACGUACACGACGAUCUGAAUGCAAAUUCCCGCUCCGGCGUCGGUCUAGAUCCCCCGUGGGGCUCCUACGAAGUCGAAUGGACGUGAAUGACCAGGACGCCAGCAUAUGCCGCAUCUGUUUUCGGGGCACCAGUGCCGGCUACCUAUUGCAGCCUUGUUCUUGUAGAGGGAGCAUCGGCUUCAGUCACCGACCGUGCAUAGAGCAAUGGGUGAAGGACCGGAAAGAAGAGGUGUGCAAUAUCUGCCGUCACAGAUACCCCAUCGAGAAAAAAAUGAAGUCAAUGAAGGAUCUUUUGAAUGAUCCGAACGGCCGUGUAGAGCCCUUAGUCUACUUAGCCGUGGGGACUAUAUUUGCACUGAGUAUGUUGCACGUCUUCAGCAUGGCAGUGGCCUUGACGCUCAAGUUCUGGACCACUUUCACCUGGAAGCUAAAGCUCAUCAACGUAAUUGCUCUGGCUUGCGGGUACUGCAUGUGGGCCGUGUUUCCCAAUGUGGCUUUCAAGCGGGCUUUGGAGAGCAGUACGCGUUGGCGCCAAGAGAAUGCCGAUAUAGUUCUUCGCUUGCCAUAGUCUCGACAGCAACGCUGCCUAACCACCAGCCGUGAGCCAGCAGGCUUUCCACAAAACGCCAAUAAAACAUCCGUUGUA